UUUUUCCCCCCAAUUUUUACCUUUUUCCCUCAUUUUUUCGAUCCUUUCAGCGUCCUCAGGAGAGCUCUGGAUAAGAUCGCCGAGAUCAAAUCCCUGCUGGAGGAGCGCCGCAUCGCGGCGAAAAUCGCCGGGAUCUACAGCGAGGCGGAGCCGCCCAGGAAGACGAUGAGGAGGGGGGUGCUGAUGACGCUGCUGCAGCAGUCGGCGAUGACGCUGCCACUGUGGAUCGGGAAACCCGGGGAAAAACCCCCUCCCCUGUGCGGGGCCGUGCCGGCGGCCGGCGACUACGUGGCCAAACCCGGCGACAAAGUGGCCGCGAGGGUCAAGGCCCUGGAAGGGGACGAGCAGUGGAUCCUGGCUGAGGUGGUCAGCUACAGCCACGCCGCCAACAAGUAUGAAGUGGAUGAUAUCGAUGAGGAGGGGAAGGAGCGCCACACGCUGAGCCGCCGCCGCAUCAUCCCCCUGCCCCAAUGGAAAACCAACCCGGAGACGGAUCCCGAGGCUCUUUUCCACAAGGAUCAGCUGGUCCUGGCCCUUUAUCCGCAAACCACCUGCUUCUACCGGGCCCUCAUCCACGCCCCGCCUCAGCGCCCCCAGGACGACUACUCGGUGCUGUUCGAGGACACCUCCUACGCCGACGGCUACUCGCCGCCCCUCAACGUGGCCCAGCGCUACGUGGUGGCCUGCAAGGAGACCAAAAAGAAGUGAAAAUGCGGCCAAAACGGCCCAAAAUCCUGCAAAA